ACCCUGACUGGGAAAACCGGGAGAGAGAGAAAUCACUUUUAAAUAAGAAACAACAAAAACUUUGUGUCAUUAUUUUUGGCGAGUGUUCACACUGUAGCCCCCUCCCCUCCUCCCUCCCCACUUCACUACUUCUUCUUCUUCCACUUGCACACCGGUUUGUCGCAUCAUUUGGACUAUAUAUUUUUCCUGGAGGAGAGGCGUUCACGGGCAGAAGGAAAAAAAGCUGGUGCAUUUCCAUUCGCACCACUUCUCCUGUUCUACCCAUGUUGUAGGUUUUUUUUUUUUUUGUUCCUUUUUUUCUUCCAGUUGCCUUUGCACUGUGUGGAGGAGCUGAUCGGAGUCUCUGGGGGUCGUGUUGGUGUUGUGUUGCCUCUCCAAGAGCCCGUUUGGAUGCGCUGAGAGAGCGGGGCGCAGCGCUGCAGUACAGUAUAUGGAAGUUGUGGGCUGCAAGACAGAGCCAGGCAGUUGCACGUUGCGUCCAGGACCGGGAGCCAUGCUUUUCCACGGGAUCUCCGGGGAUCACAUCCAAGGGAUCAUGGAGGAGAUGGAGAGGAGGUCGAAGACGGAGUCGCGCCUGGCGAAGGGCAUGCAGCUGAACGGGAGAGAAUCGACCAUGCCUUCCAUGAGCCCGGAGAAGCCUGCUCUGUGUGCCGGCUGUGGUGGAAAGAUUUCGGAUAGAUACUACCUCCUGGCCGUGGACAAACAGUGGCACCUGCGGUGUCUUAAAUGCUGUGAAUGUAAACUCGCGCUGGAGUCGGAGCUAACGUGUUUUGCCAAGGAUGGGAGUAUCUAUUGCAAGGAGGACUACUACAGAAGGUUCUCCGUGCAGAGGUGCGCGCGCUGCCACCUCGGGAUAUCGGCCUCGGAGAUGGUGAUGCGGGCGCGAGAGUCGGUGUACCAUCUGAGCUGUUUCACGUGCACCACUUGCAACAAGACGCUGACCACGGGCGACCACUUCGGGAUGAAGGACAGCCUGGUGUACUGCCGGCUCCACUUCGAGACGCUGGUGCAGGGACCGGACUACCACCCACAGCUCAACUUCGCCGAGCUGGCAGCCAAGGGCGGCGGCCUCACCCUGCCCUACUUCAACGGCACGGGGACUGCACAGAAAGGGAGGCCGCGGAAGAGGAAGAGCCCGGCCAUGGGGAUAGAUAUACCGAGCUACAACACAGGCUGUAACGAGAACGACACGGAUCACUUGGACAGGGACCAGCAAGCUUACCCUCCAACACAGAAGACCAAACGCAUGCGGACCUCCUUCAAGCACCAUCAGCUGCGGACAAUGAAAUCCUACUUUGCCAUCAACCACAACCCGGAUGCCAAGGACUUAAAGCAGCUGGCCCAGAAAACAGGCCUGACUAAGAGAGUUCUUCAGGUUUGGUUCCAAAACGCAAGAGCCAAAUUCAGAAGGAACGUUUUGCGACAGGAGAAUGGAGGUGUUGAUAAGGCUGAUGGCACCUCACUCCCUCCGCCCUCAUCUGACAGUGGGGCCCUGACCCCCCCCUCCAGCGCGGCCACACUAACAGACCUGACAAACCCCUCUAUCACUGUAGUGACCUCCGUCACCUCUAGUUUGGACAGCCAUGAUUCGGGGAGCCCUUCACAAACUACCUUGACAAACCUUUUCUAACAAGCUAUCUCUAGAAGACUGAUUUUUUUUAUCUGAUUGAUUUGUUUUCUUUGUUUUGUUUUUUUUUUUUUUUUUGGUUUUUCUUUUGUCAAUCUACAUUUUAUUUUUUUAAGUGACACCUUUAAAUCUACCAGAGACAGCUCCUUGGAACAGAAAGUGCUGUACUGUGUACACAAACAAGAACAACAAGAGCAAGAACAGCAGCGACCACAUUAAAACACAUGGAAUCAUUUUAAUGUGUAGCAUCUGAAACCACAUGGCAGCCGUGUCUGUAGAUGAGUUACAGUUUGCAGAGAUUGAUUUUGAAUGGGACAUUUUUGAAGUCGAACGGAUUAGAAAAUUUUCAUGGAUUCCACAACCAAUUCAUCGGGGAAAGAAAAAAAAAAACUUAACUUGAAGCUUGUCUGGAAACUAGAUUUAAUAUUUGAUUUGACUUUAUUUGUACAUUUGUAUUGAAUUAUGCUAAAACGAGCCCUUCCUAAUUUAUGCUUAAUUGGUAAACUUUAAACUAUCAUGAAUAUUUUGCCCUCAGAAACUUGUAUAUGUAUGCACUGUGUUCGCACUAUCAAAUUUAAAGAUUUUGUUUUUGUUUCUGUUUUGGAAUAAUUUGGAAAAUAAACUUGUCGAAUGUUCUGUAUAUGGGUAACUCCAGAAAACAGGCUUUAAUUAUUUCCGAAUGUUUCAGUCUUUAAGACUGAGUUGGAUGGAAUCAGGCAUUAAAAUAUCUCACAGAGUCAGAUGGAAAAACGUCUAAAUUUCAUUACUAGGAUCCAACCAUCACAGCUUAUAUGGCAGGUUGAUGCUAACCUCCAUAUGUUUUUGACUUCAUUAUUAUAUCUAAUGUGAUUGAGAGGGAAAAAAACAAGCAAAUUCCACAUUCUGUACAGUGGUAACUGUUCAACGUGUAAUGCAGUCACAUUGAGAGAAUUUAUCUGGAAAUCACAAAUCAGUGAGAGAAAUUCAAAAAGGAAAACAGUUAACAGACACUGUUGUCUUGAUUGUUUUCAUGACAGAGCACUUUUUCAGAUUUGCUGGCCUCAUAGAUUAACCACAGUCAAAACGCAUCCAUAGAUCCACAGCUAAAUCCGAUUGCACAGUGACAAUAUACUGCCCAGUGAAAAGUGCAUUAUUGUUUAUAUCAUGUUGCUCAGGGUAACAAUGUGAUUUUAAAAGGGAAAGGAGUAGAAAUUAAAUGGUUGCGACGUUGCAGAUUAGAUUUGUAGAGCUGAUACGAACAUUAAAAUGACCUCAGAAAGGCGAAGUCGUUUGUUUAGAGGCAGCCAGUGGGAAAUCAUUGUCCAUGUGUUCUCCGUUUUGGCCAUAUUUAUACUUUCUUUAAUGACACUUGCCACUGAACAGACCAAAAACAUGUUUCUUCUGGCUGAAAGAUAGAGAGAAAAGAAAGAAAUCUUAAAUGGAGUUGAUACAUUUCAUCGUGAGCGUCACAAUUUGUUCUAUUGUGGAACAAAGUGGUUCUCUAAAUCUACUUAUUGAAGUAGAUGCCUAACUCAGUUCUACUAUGUGCCUUAUGCUAUAACUUGGGAGAAAGUUUGUGAAAUUCAGGAUCUCUGUGUUCUUUGUUAACUGAUUCACAUCCUUUUGACGCCUCACUAGUUUUGUACUGUUUUGCAUCUUAUUUCCGAAGAUCUUUUUAUGGUGUAUCCUGUUAAAAAGGGGGCAGCGAUGUCAUAGAAAGCAUUUGUGCACUCUUUCAGAUAUAGUUGGGUAAUCCAAGAACCUUAUAUAUUGAUCUUCGUGUUAAUAGUUGAGUACAGUAAGUGUUCUAUCAAGAUUGUCCAUGUUUCCCUGUUUCUUGA